GGACACCAGCUAGUAAAGUCUGUGCUGCUAGCUGUCUGACAUGGGUUUUUUUUGGUAAUUUCAUCCGGUAGCUACAUGGCGUGAGUUUACAAGCGGAUUGAGUUUAAGUAAGUCAUCUGCCUGGACACAUCGCUAAGGGUUUCCACCAAGCUACCUCCAGCCAUGCCAUAUAUUAAAGCCUCUCAAAAAAAUCAGCCAUUCUCAACACUGCUGGAUAUCAAGUCACAGAAAUGUGGACUGCGGCACACAGUUUUCUCGGUCAAUGGAAACGAAUACACUGGAGAGUGGCAGGACAACAAGAAGCAUGGAAAGGGAACUCAGGUUUGGAAGAAGUCUGGUGCCAUUUAUAAUGGAGAGUGGAAAUUUGGGAAGCGUGAUGGAUAUGGUACUUACAGUGUACUACAAACAACCAAGGAGUAUGAAAGGAAGUACUGUGGAAGAUGGAAAAAUGGAAAGAAGCAUGGGUAUGGGGCAUACUUCUACAAUAACACAUCGGUUUAUGAAGGCGAGUGGAGUGAGGAUCAACGAAGUGGCUGGGGAAGAAUGUACUAUGAGAAUGGAGAUAUCUACGAGGGAGAGUGGGUGAAGGAUAAGAAUCAUGGACAGGGCAUCAUUCGAUUUGCAAAUGGAAACUGGUAUGAAGGCGCCUGGCAUGAUGGCAAGAAGAACGGUAAUGGAAAGUUCUACUAUUCUGACAAAGGCCAGCUUUAUGAAGGCUUUUGGGUGGAUGGAGCAGCAAAAUGUGGGACCCUGUCUGAUUUUGGGAGGGAUGAAGUACCAAACCCGACAAAGUAUCCAAUUCCACAGAUACACCUUGUGGAUAUGCAGUUGGUCCUAAGGGAAGCCCAUUCAGCCUACCUUGAUCAGUACUGAUGAACAACAAGAAGAGGAUCAACAGCUAGUCUCCACCCCACCAUACACACACAGACAAAAUAAAAAAAAAAAGAAAUUAUACUAAUCAGCAUAUCCAGUUUGUUGCAAUAUUUAAACCCAAAUCAACUCAUCUAAAUUUGAUCUGAUAUUUCAAAUGUGUUCAAAUGUAUAUUCAUAAACCUAGAAUGUUCUACAUGUGACUUGCAUAACCUGAGUCAGUGAUUGCAUGUGAGUUGCAAAGACAAUGUUAGAGAAACAAAGUUUU